CAUGAUAUUAUUUUUAUUGAAAGAAUUUAAUAGAAGAUGAUGGUAAAAAAUUAAGGAGAGAAUCAAGAAAUGAUAUCAGAAUAUAUCUCCACUUAUUUUGGCGCCAUUAAUAUCGGUGCUAUAUGUAUGCCGCACUUCCUAGAUUUUCUUUGCUUGUAGAAUGUAGGUUGAGAGAGAGAGAGAGACAAAGAGAGAUUGGGAGAGAUAGGGAGGGAGAGAGAGAGAGAGAGGGAGGGGGGGAGAGAGAGAGAGAGUGAGGGAGAGAGAGGGAGAGAGAGACAGAGAGAGGGACGGAGAGAGAGACAGAGAGAGGCACGGGGAGAGAGAGAGAGAGAGAGAGAGAUAACAGCCUAGUUUCAUGGCGGGUUCGCAUGCUAUUCCUUUUACUCUUGAUCAAGCCAACAGUUUAGAUGAUGAAAAAGGUGAACAACAGAAAGACAUGGAUAUGUUUUUUAGAAACCCAUGUGAUGAAGAUGAUGAUGAAUAUAUUCAACUAUUGUUACAUCGAGAACUCAGUAGCCAAUCUUCUUUGGUGAUUACUACUGGUGACUGGAUUGCGGGUGCUCGUUCGGAUUCGAUCAAAUGGAUCUUCAAUGCAAUAACAUUGAUGGGGUUUCAACUUCACACAGCAUAUUUAUCGGUGACUUAUUUUGAUAAAUUUCUUUCCCUGAGAAUGAUAGAUGAUGAGAAGUACUGGGCUGUAAGAUUAUUAUCAGUGGCUUGUUUAUCUAUCGCGGCAAAGAUGGAGGAAUGCAAUGUUCCUUUGCUCGCGGAUUUUCCAAUGGAAGAUUAUAAUUUUGAGAGCAAAACGAUACAGAGGAUGGAGUUUCUGGUAUUGAAUACAUUGGAAUGGCAAGUGAAUUUUAUCACUCCUUUUCGCUAUCUUCAUUAUUUCAUUUCUAAAUUUCGGCACAAGAAUGAACCAAGAAAUGUGGUGCCAAUACAUCUCAUAUUUGCAGUAGUUAAAGAUGUGAAUUUAAUGAAUCAGAGAUCAUCUGUCAUAGCUGCAGCAGCCACAUUGUUGGCACUCGACGAAAAUCUCACAAGGCAGGGCCUAGAAACUAAUAUUAAUUCUUUUGCUGAUGGGAUUCUCAAUAUUGAGGAUGUGUAUCGUUGUUAUAAGCGAAUGCAGGAACUUAGUGCGGAUGAAACUAACUUAGUCCUGGACAAUCCUGCUUCAACACCGAUUCGACUGAUAGAGCCUAAUGCUUAUGAAAAUUCUUUGGUUACUCCUGUUAUGAACACCAGACGUAAGAGACUUGAGUUCAGCGAGUGUGAUCAAGAUUAAAACACGUGUCAUGGGUAGAAAUUUACCGAACAAGUUAGUAUUUAUGUUCCUUCUCUGCAAUGAUAUAUGAUCUGAGAUUUUCCACAAUGUCCUGAUUAAUUUAAAAAAAUACGAAAAAUAAGGUCGACAAAAAUGGAAUGCAAAGCCAAGAAUGGUGCAAAUGUGGUUUCUGAAAACAGGCCUUCAAAAAGCUAGUGAUUCUCUAGUUUGGCUCUCUGCUCAGUAUAUUUUCAGUUCCAUUAUCAUUAUUUUUCACCUUUCACUUUACAUAGGUGUGAAAAACCUACAAAAAUGAUUCUUGUAAUCCCAACUUUUGUUGGGUGUGCAAGGGAUGCUUACUUUAGGCUUUGGAAAUGCUGUGAAAAGGAAAGCAAUGAGAGGCUCAGGGUUUCUUUUUCAGGGGUUGUGAAGCUGUUUUUUUAUCUGUUUGGGUCAUUUGAUGCAUGUUGGUCUUCAUCAUAAAGGUGGGUAUUUGAUUGGAUUUGUAAAUGUUUGGAGAACAUUUGCUUUUUUACAGAGUGGAGUGGCCUCUGUUUCUUACAUUUUUUUUUAUGGCAAGAUUUUCAAGGGGAUCUAAGGUUUCUUUCAUUAACUUACGAUUCUUUGUGGAAUGAAGAUAAGUUCUUGGAACGAUAUGUGAUUUUAGUGAUGCAAUUUUUUUUCUCAGUACUUUAAUAGUUUGAGUAAUGUUUUUACACGCUUUUGCUUAGAUUGGUUUUAUGCAUGUCAUGUAGCGAGAAAUUGACUCAUUAGAGACGGUUUUAAGUUCGAGUU